UCUCAUAAUCUGUGAUACCCUAACCCUAAGAUCCACAAAAUGUCGAUGUCGAAGGGUUCGAAGAUGCUCCAGUUCAUCAACUAUCGUAUGCGAAUCACGAUUCAAGACGGCCGACAGCUAGUGGGCAAGUUCAUGGCCUUCGACCGCCACAUGAACCUUGUAAUCGGAGACUGUGAAGAAUUCCGUAAGCUUCCUCCUGCCAAAGGUGCGAAAAAGAACGAAGAACGCGAGGACCGCCGCACGCUCGGCCUCGUUCUUCUGAGGGGUGAAGAGGUGAUCUCCAUGACCGUUGAAGGCCCUCCCCCGCCUGAUGAAAAUCGAGCUAAAGCUGUUGGAGCCGCUGCAUUGGCCGGUCCUGGUCUCGGCCGUGCUGCUGGGCGUGGAAUCCCUACUGCUCCUAUGAUUCAAGCUCAACCGGGUUUGGCUGGACCAGUUCGGGGGAUUGGUGGGCCGGCUCCUGGUAUGAUGCAACCGCAGAUUUCUCGACCGCCUGUUCCGAAUAUGUCUGCCCCGCCUAUGAAUUACCCGCAGGCUCCGGUGAUCCGACCUGGACAAAUGCCGUACCCUGGACAGGGUCCUCCGCCUCAGAUGCCACGUGGACCGCCUCCGCAGAUGCCCCCUCAGUUUGCUCAACGGCCGCCUGGUCAGUAUCAGGUGCCUCCACCAGGGCAGUAUGGACAAAGACCUAUGGUUCCACCGCCCCAGAUGAUGAGGGGUCCGCCACCGCCUGGUGGACCACCACGACCUGGUAUGCCUGGUCCGCCUCCUCCUGCUCGGCCUGGAAUGCCUCCGCCUGGUGGGCAAAUUCCUGGUUUUGGACCUCCUCGUCCUGGCAUGCCGCCUCCACCAAGCACCCAGCAACAACAACAGUAGCAGCAGUUAUUGGGUGGUUUUCGAUUCUGGUGCUCCUGUGAAGAUGUUCAUAAGAAGUUUGUGCUUAUAAGCUACAGCAACAUCUGACCUUGAAUCUGCUAAUGGUUUGUAUCAGAAAAGGAGCUACAUUCAUUGCCCGAACUCAACAAAUGUUGGAUUUAGCACAUAUUAAUGACUCUUAAAUAUCAUUCUGCUCAAGAUUCAAACCCGAAUUUAACGCUUCAUAGCUUCAGUAGUAGUCGACACCUUUAUGCAUACAAAUUGUAUUUUCUGUUUCCCUUUAAUCUAUCCCAAGUUGUCUCUUUAGUCCCUAAUGAUCUUUUGUCUAUCGAAAGAGGAUAGGAGGCCUGUUGGUCUUACUAUGAAGGGCGGACCUAUUAAGCUCCAAGUAGGGUUCCUUGCACCUUCUCGACUUAUUUUUGUAAGUAAAACUUUUUGGGUAUUAAAUAUGCACCCACUAA